AUGCAGGGCCUCACAGCCAACUCCGCUGCCAAGGAGGCUCAUAUUAGUGAUUAUGAGAUCCUCCACACCAUUGGCGAAGGCAGCUUCGCUAAAGUGAAGCUGGCCCGGCACAUUCUGACCGGGACACAGGUGGCUGUGAAGGUCAUUAAAAAGAGGCGUCAGAACUUCUCGGCUUUCCAGAAGCUACUGUACCAGGAAGUGCACAGUAUGAAGGCUCUGAAUCACCCCAAUAUUGUCAAACUGCUGGGGGUGACUGACACAGAGGAGGCGAUGUUCUUGAUAAUGGAGUACCUCAGUGGUGGGGACAUGUACAACUACUUAACCACACAUGGCCGUAUGCCAGAGGCACAGGCCCGAGGCCUGUUCCAGCAGCUGGUCUCCGCUCUGCAACACUGCCACCAGAGGGGCGUCGUGCACCGGGACCUGAAGCCACCGAACCUCCUCUUUGAUGGCAACAUGAACCUAAAACUUACAGACUUUGGCUUCAGCAACAUGUGUGACACCAGCAGGACACUGUACACGUUCUGCGGCACACUCCCGUACACUGCCCCGGAACUCUUGCUGGGGCAGAGCUACAGCGGCCCUGCGGUGGACGUGUGGAGCCUGGGAGUAGUGCUCUACUUCAUGGUAACCGGGUCCCGGCCCUUUGUGGGAAAAGACCUGCAGGAGCUGCGGGAGCAGAUCUUAACAGGGCAAUACCCCAUCCCAACCUACCUUUCUUUAGAGGUACGGAGUCUCCUACGAAAAAUGAUCGCCCUCAACCCCAGUGACAGAGGCACCUUACCUGACCUCAUGAGGCACCCAUGGGUGACGAUGGGCCGGAAGAAGCCACCCCAGCCACCCUGUGAAGAGGACCUGGAGGGGACGGUGACGAAUAUGCUGGACUCGGUGUGGGACGACAUGCAGGCCGGAGGAGAAGGCAGCGUGGGCUCCAGGAAAGCAACGGUGGUGUCCUCCAUCACAGCUGCAGGGCCCUUGUGUUCCGGGGACGUCCGUGGCGGUGAGCUCGAGCCUUUGCCAAGCCCUGAGUUGUCCACCCGGGAAACCGGGCAGCUCCACCAGGGAGAAAAUGUGCCACAGCGGGAAGACCGGCAGGCAGGGCAGAAGACCACAGCAGGACUGGAGCCCCAGAGGGAACCAGCUGCCCCCUGCGUGUGUCCAACAGUGGAAGGUCCUCCCGCGCUGCGCAGCCUGAGAAAGGGCCGAGGGGAACGUUUGGUCCCUGCAGCCUGUAUUCAUGACAACCGAGAGGCCCCUGAGAGGAUAAGAAGGUCCUGUGAACCAGCCUGUGCGCGGUGUGGUAAGGUCCCUGUGCAGCUGAGUUUCAUGACUGUCAACGUGGCAGUUGGGCUCUCCUCUUCCCCCGUGCGGAGGGGGCCCUGA